AUGGCUUCCGACCUUCCAGCCUCGUCCACCUCCCAGCAGCCUUUCGCGAACCCACAGCCUGCCCCAGUUCUUGCCUCCACUGCAGCCACAUCGCCUCCAACAAAACAGAGCUUAAAAUCAUGGUGGAAGACAUUUGGGAAGAAUACAAAGAAUCAUGACACUCAUGGUAAUUCCUCACCAUCCUCUUUACAACAACCUCAGCAGCCUCCUUGCCAGCAUCCCCCUCAGCGUCAUCCUCAACAUCCUUCUCAGCAUCCUUUUCAGCGUCCUUGCCUGCAAAACGAUCUGUACACUCCAUUCUACAUUGGUGAACUCUACACUCGCAGGGAGUUUACACCAGUCAUUGAAAAUUCGGGCCUUAGAGCCGCAAACUUCAUCGAAUACCCAAUGACUGAGGACUCGCCAGCUUUUGAUGGGUUGCUCCCGUCUGAAGAAGAUGAAAAGACACUAGCCUUAGCCGGGGCCAAGGGCUUUCGACGAAGCUUGUCUUUCAGCAAUUCUAUCUUCGACAAUGUCUAUCAGUCAGCACAGCCAGCACACUUGCCCCAAAGACGACACUCGUGUCUGUUUCUACACAACCCUCCUCAGCAGAUGAGACAGAUGAGACAGAAGAGAUCCCAAAGCAUGUUGAUCCACACACCUUCACUCACGUCUCCCAGUCCCAGUGUCAAGCGAGACAAGUUUGGGAGACGACGCCACAGCAGUCUGUUCAUUACUCCGCUAGGUAAUGACUCAAGUGAAGCGUUGGGUGCUGGUAUACUUCCCGUUCAGAAGCGCAAUGUUGUACUACGCUUUUUUACCCGAUUGAGAUGGAAGUCACCUGUUGAAGCGAAUGUUGAAACAAAUGUUGAGUCAAAUGCUGAACCUGUAGAACCAGAACCCGAGCCAGCCCCAGGCAUCUUCGGCGUCCCGCUCCGGCAGAGCAUCACCUAUGCGAACGUUGCCAUCUCGCUCGUUGACGGAGAAGGAAAGAGCUACAUAUAUGGCUAUGUCCCGAUUGUGGUGGCGAAGUGUGGUGUAUAUCUAAAGGAGAAAGCUACGAAUGUCGAAGGAAUUUUUCGCCUGAGUGGUUCUGAGAAGCGAAUCAAGGAAUUGAAGAUGAUAUUCGACUCACCUGACCGGUAUGGAAAGGGACUGGAUUGGGCAGGAUACACGGUACACGAUGCGGCAAACGUGUUGAGGAGAUAUCUGAACAACCUUCCCGAGCCGAUUGUGCCCUUGGAUCUAUACGACCGAUUUCGAGAACCUCUGGCCGGCCACACGAAGGAAGCUGUUGGCGACGAGGAGGGACCACAACUACAGGAUGAUUUCGACCAUGACAAAGCUAUUGCCACUUAUCAGCAAUUGAUCACCGAGCUGCCCCCGCUAAAUCGCCAACUCCUCCUCUACAUUCUUGAUUUACUGGCCGUUUUUGCAUCAAAAUCCGACGAGAACCGAAUGACCUCGGCAAAUCUCGCAGCUAUUUUCCAACCAGGAAUUCUUUCGCAUCCACAGCAUGACAUGCGGCCGGAGCAGUAUCGCUUGAGCCAAGACGUGUUGAUUUUCUUGAUUGAGAAUCAGGAUAACUUCCUUAUCGGAAUGCGUGGUACUGCUGCUGACGAGAAGACUGUCCAAGAAGUUCAGAACGGUGGAACACCUCCGAUUGGGACACCGAAUACUCCUGGAAAAUCGAACGCGGUUGCACGAUCCUCCUCGAAUGCGAGUGCUGGCGCUGAUAGUGUACGGAAAUAUGGAGGCAUUCGACGUAAUGUGUCAGUCUCCUCACGAAACUCGAGACAAUCUACUGGUGCUCCGAGCCCUGCAAGUCCAGCAUUGGCGACAACACCAACAGGCGGCGUACAUCGAAGCAAUACAGUUCCAUCAAAGCGAUCUCCAGGGCUACCUUCGAACAGAUUACAGAAGAAUUCGGGAUCGCCUUCGCCAACUGCAGGCGUAUUUUCCAGCAACCAGCAAGUCACUCCACGAGGACUCUCGCCUGCGGCUGCAGGUUUGAUAAAUGUUAAUGUAACGCCUGCAUCACCCGGACCAGCACCAGUCUCGAGCCUAGCUCCAUCUUCAAAUGCAGCUUCUACUGUGACAAGUCAAGACAGAUUACUCGGUGAUCAACCAGCUGUCUCCACCCCUAAUCGCGAGCGCAAUGUAUCAAGCUUCUUCCAAAGAUCUCCUACUGUAGACAGCGAAAAGAAGCCACCGAAUAAGCUCAAAAAGAAACGCGGCCCAACGAGCUCCAAUCCCAGCGCGCAAAGCUCAACACAUUCUCUUAAUGGCCAACAAAGCGGUGCUCAGUCGCCUGGCCUUCCUGCAGCGUGUACCGGCCGUGAGACUGCAGAGCAUCCUCAGUUGGAGAGCAUCCCAUCCAGAAACCCUACCACUGAUGCAACACCACCUUUGACAGAGACACCCCGCGCCGAUCAGCCUGCCCAGUUCCCUACUCGACAUGAGGACUCGCAACAAUCUGAGCGUACACUAAAGCCUGCCUCUCCGGCAUCAUCUCUACAUUCUCGAUCAUCAAUCAACGAUCAUUCUGAUAUUGAUCAUCAUGAUAAUACCGGUACCAAUGAACAGAAAGAAAAACGCUCCAGGUGGAGAAUUUCACGGCAUCGAGAUGACUCGCAAUCUUUGGGUCACGCUCUCACUCCAACAAAGAAGGGUCUUGGGUCUGAUGCUGGCGCAGGAGCGAGUUCAAGCUCGAUUGGCAGCUCAGCCCGUCCACGCAAGAGCUCCGCCGGUGACACUAUACCCGUUAGUUCUGAUUCUACGCUAGUCGGCACUCAUCUCCAAUCAAGCAACGACAGUGGUUCUGCUGGUGUUGGCGGUGAAGAGAAGAAAGGUCCUUUGGGCUGGAUUAAGAAUAAGAUGCGCGAGAAGCGAGAGGAGAACCGAGAAAAGGGUGCUGAGAAGGAGCGAAAUAAGAGCCCACCAGCUUCCACCGAACGCCUCGGAACGUUACUUCCAGCACGGGGCAAGAGCAUGGAUGUUAUGAGAGAGGAGAAUCCUGAGGGGACCGUUGAGGAGAAGGUUACAUCCCAAGUUCAGCAGUCACACCGAUGA